AUUGUUUCUUUUGACUGAUUGACGACGGGGUGGUUAACUUUUCAGCUCAGUUCUUUCUUUCAGAAUAUUUCCUAUCGUUCGGUUGUGCGGUCGCGAUUGGAUUUGCGUCUAAUUUACUAGACCUUAAAACAUCAUACAAUUGAAAGUUUGCUUCAUUUCUAGUGAAUUUGUAUGGUUCGUUAGUGAUAGCUAGUAGAAAUGGCUGUAUAUUUGUUACCUAAAACUCGAUUAUUGUCGAAAGCAGCAAUAACUUUCAAACCAAACCCCAACAAAUGGUCGGCGAAAUGGACGGUAGUCAGACGGUCAAUCUCCAGCGGCAAGCAUCAAGAUCACCAACAGCAGCAGCAGCAGCAGGGUCGCCAAUCAAAAGGUAAAUUUAAUAAAAGUCACAGAAAAUGGAGUUGGAAGGCAGGGGCGGGUUGGACUAUAUUAUCCGUUUUGGAUUGGUGGUUACUAGCUGCCGGCGGUUGGUUAACAUGGCGGGGCGUCUUUCUUCGGUGGACUCCGAUAGGUAUCUGUAUGAUCGCCGCAGCACAAUGGCACCUUCACAACCGUGAGCUCGAUCGGAAGGGCCUCCCUCGAACGGCAGCCUCGUGGCAGAUGAAUAUGUAUUGUUCGCUGCCGUUGAGAAUGAUGAGCAGAGCCUGGGGUUGGUUAGCAGAUUGUCGCGUACCGACGCCCGCCAGACCCCUCGUCUAUGGGCUGUACUCCACUGCGUUCGGCGUGAACAUCGAGGAGGCAGCAUCAUCCGAUUUCAAGUAAGUGGAAUGAUUUAAUCAAUUAAGAAGCUCGUAAGGUUUGAUACUAGUGAAUGAGUUUUUCGCGUCCCAGAAACAGUGUCUGAAUUUUAUGAAUUAUAUAGUCAUUCAGUACGCUGAUAGAUGCGCUAUAUUUAGUAUUAUUAUAGUGCUAUUCUUUCUGGAAGGUGAGAAAAUUGGUAUUUUGCUAUAAAUAGAAGUAGGAUUAAUUGGCUGUAAUUUGAAUGGUUCUGAUUUUCAGUGAAUAGAAAGGUAAACCUAAAUAUUUUUUUUAUGUUGCUUGGUAAGGGUUUGCUCAUCUUUUCUAUUUUUAACUUGGCUAAGGAUAGUUUCCGCACAAUUAUUCCAUAAACAAUUUUUUAAAUAUUUCUACCCAGAUAUACUUCGCCAGCAUCUCAGCAUUUUGUGUUACUUUUCUAGAUAUUGUAAAAAUGUUUUGUAAAGACUUUAACCAAACGAGAGCCGAAUAAUACAGUGUAGAAAAGAAAGUAUUGAAGUUUUGUUCAUUUCAGCUGCAGCUCAGUUUGUUUAUGGCACUAAAACAGUUUUCUUAUUUAUGUUUGUAGAACUACGAAACAAUGUAUUAAUCGAAUUUAACACGCCUACACGCAUUACUAAAAAUAAUUUAAACAUUGAUCAGAUCAUAACGGAUAUGAGCUCAAUGUUUUCCCUCUUUCGUUCAACACAAAUCUAAACUUCUUGGUCACUCCUGGCGGAAUCCAAGUUUGAAAGUGCUCGCGUUUUCGGGGGCACACCACUCGAUAUGGAAGCAAAGCACUACUGUCAUUUCUAUUAUUUCACGCAUG